AUGUCCACCUUCCACGUCCAGCGGACACUCGCGGGAGCACCUGUGCCUGGGCUGAAGGACGGCAAAAGCCGCUGCGUGGGCCCUGCUGGAUGGAUGGUAGCAUGUUGGUUGGUGUGGGCCUUGUGCUUCCAUCCCCAGCACCUCAGCUAUGUUGGAGGAACCGGCGUGCCACAGCAGCCUAGAGCGACGAAUUGGUGGACCACUACCAUGCUGGUGCGGGAGAAGAAGGGUUCCUUGUGGCGAAAGAAUGGCAAUGUUAAGGCACCAGGAGGUGGGAGGUCUCGUGCCUCCUCAUCCUCACCAGGAGGCGCGAAGGCAGCGAUGAUUUUGACCUCCAGAAUCAACAAGGCUCCGACAGCUGCCGAGUUGCUUGCUGUUCUGGAUGGGGCUGUGGAUGAUCCGGACUUCAACUACUACCACAUAUCAGCAGCAUAUCACACCUUGGCCAAGUUUCAUCGGAGGGGCUUGUUGCAAGGACUUUGUGAAAGCCCGGUGCUGCCCAAGCUUCACACUCGAGUUGAGAACCUGAUCAGGUCGAAACAAAUCAACCCACAGGCUUCGGCUAAUGUGCUGUGGGCAAUGGCAGUGCUGCUUGAGGCAAUUCCCAGAACAACUUGUUUGCUUCCUGUUUUGACGAACGUGUUUCCGGAGAAAACACCUGGCAUGAAAGCACAGGAAUUGGCCAACUGCUUGUGGGCCUCAGCUCAUUUGAAGGACGUUGCUCCUGACUUGAAGGAUGUAGCUCCCGUCGUGCUGAACAUUGUGCCGACACUUGUUACCCACAUUCCAGGCAAGGCUGCUUUGAUGGAUCCUCAAGAAUUGUCCAACUGCUUAUGGGCAAUUGCACAUUUGAAGGGUGUCGCCCCCGAUGGCCUGAACAUCGUAUCAGCACUCGUUGCCCAAAUUCCGGGCAGGGUUCAUGACAUGAUUCCCCAGCACUUGUCCAACUGCUUGUGGGCAUUGGUUCAGUUGAAGGAUGUUGCUCCUAACGUGCUGAAGGUCGCGCCAGCACUCGUUGCCCAAAUUCCAAGCAAAGCUGUCGACAUGAAGCCUCAAGACUUGUCCACCUGUUUGUGGGCAUCAGCACAUUUGAAGGAUGUCGCUCCUGAUGUGGUGAAGGUUGUGCCAGCUCUGGCUGCCCAGGCUUGAUGAAUGUACUUGACUUGUCCCAAUGCAGGUGGGCCUCAGCAGAGCUGAAGGAUCUAGUGCCAGAAGUAGCGAAGAUCGAAGCUUCCCUGGCAGCAAAGACUGGCUCCGCAUUUUGAAUGACGGUGGCACAUGUUUUCCCGUGGCUCAGUGUUUUUCAAUGUUUUUCAUGCAAAGGUGUUUUGUUUAAUUUUAAUAUAUAUAUAUAUAUCUAAAAU